UGAUGGACAUUAAAACUUAGGUAGCAGGUGAUGUACGUAACUAGCAAAACAGCAAUUUUUCGCAAAGAAAAAAACGAUGUGUCUAGUAAUUUAAAAAAAAAACUAUUUUUAUACUUUCAAUAAUUCAGAGAAAAUUGAGACCAAAUUGUUUAAGAUAGAACAUUUUAUACGCAUAUAUGAAGAAACAGGCUUUAGAACGUGAUUUCCUAAUGCAUAAUGUCAGGGUCAGAGAAUCAUUUAAAAAGUCGAAACGUUCAGUCGGGGACAGUCAGUCACAGUUUUGUCACACUGAUUAGAACAUCAUCGUGAUAAAAUCGAAAAUGCAUCGUAGUGCAAGUACUCAUGCUAUUACUAGCUUUACGUUGGUAAUAUGUAUCCUCUUUGUGAUUGUUAUUAUUACUCGUUUCAAAGAGACAUACUUGUCUGAAAAUAGUCCAUUCACAGAGAAGGAAACAGAAAAAUUAAGAGGCUACAGAACAUUAUGUAUGAACAAAUAUGAUGUUGAUACGACAAUAAUUGAAAAAGCAAAGGAAAUGGAAAACGUAAUUGAUUAUAUUGACGAAAGACUUGUUUCCUAUGUUAUUUGUUUAUAUAAAAACUGGGGAAUUAUAAAUGCAGAUGGACACAUUGACUGGAAGGUAACUCUUUCUAUGUUGCGAGGUGUACCACAAAAAGUAUUCAAUGAAAUAUACAGUGCAUGCAAUCGUACCACUGGUACAGAUUAUGAAAGAGGAUACGAGUUAUUUAAGUGCUUCUUACGAAACAAAGUAGAUCUUCUAUAAAAUAAAUCUAUUUAUUAAUCUCGAUUAAUACAAUAGAUUAUUUGUAAUUAGAUCUAUUGUAAAACGGAUUGAAGUAUUAAAAAUGUUGUACACAACAAUAUUAAGUAUUA